GAGGCCUUGAUUUUUCUGGGGGUAGAAAGCAGAGCCACGUUCCUCAACUUACAGGUGGCAGUUGUUUGAUUCCUCGUUGCAAAUAUUCAGUUUUCCGUUUUUACGAUCUUCUCAUCCCUCAUCACCAUCAUGGUUCGUGUCUUGCGUUUCCGCACCGUGUGGGGCAUCGAACCUGGCCCCAACUAUGACCAUUGGAAGAAGUGGUUUCCUACCUUGAAGCAGCAGGGCUAUGCCGGAGUCGAGAUUGAUUUCGAACCUCUGCCUGACCUGCCCACUGUCCGCCGCAUCUGUGACGACGCAGGUCUCGAGAUCAGUGCUCUCAUCCACACAGCAUGGCCAGGAUACAGGGGACCUAAGCCUACGGGGCUAACCCCCCAGGUGGUCCUUGGUCAUUACAAAGAACAGCUCCAAAACGCCCAGAUCUUGAGACCCAUCAAUUACAACGCUCAAUCUGGAAGCGACCAUUGGACCCUAGACCAAUCAGUCGAGUUUUACAAGGGUACACUAGAAGUCGACGCCGAGCUGGGACUUGAGGGAAAGAUUCGCCAUGAGACACACAGGCUACGCUCCAUGUUCAACCCAUAUGCGGCAUUAUACGUCUUGAGCAGAGUCCCCAAAUUGCGGAUUACGGCCGACAUCUCCCAUUGGGUUGUCGUAUGUGAGCGCCUCCUCGAUCAAGGAGAGGAGGAUAUGGCCAUUCUUAAAGCCAUCAUUCCUCACGUGUCCCACAUUCACGCACGCAUGGGCACAACCCAGUCGUCGCAGUGCCCUGAUCCAACGAAUGAGGCAUUCGCCCCGGAGAGAGCAUUCUUCGAAAAUUUCUGGAAAGAGUGUAUCGAGGCUCAGAAAUCCAACGAUACCAUUACCUGGGUCCCAGAAUACGGACCCUUUCCAUACCAUCCUUUCGGGUCAGUACGAGGUUUCUCCGAGGUUGCUGAUACUGAGGGCGCCCGCCUUCAAACCCUGUUUGAGAAAUGGGCCCAGUAAUCAGAUUGGCAUGCAAGGACUAUACAUAAAGCCACGGAAAGUAAAGAAAUGAUAAUAGAAAUAGAAAGCCUAUGAUGAGGGGGUUCCCCCUGGAUUUCAUAUAAUAUCAUAAAUGUUUUAUUUGUUUCUGGGAGAUCCACUUUAGUGUAGAUCAGGCCGGGGACAGACCAUCAUACCAG